AUGAUCGUCGAGCGACCAGGCGUUUGCACACGCCGGGGGUGUUCAUGUUCGCUAAGCGCUAAUGUAAACACGGUCUGGCCAUUCCGUUCCGUCUCUGCCUGCUGCCUCGGCGUUGUCGACAUCGCCACCGUCGUCGUCUGUGUACGUAUCUUCAAGAAAUGGUGUUAUAAAAUUUCUUGCAAGCACAAAGCCGGGCGCUUAAGGUGGACAAACCACCAUUACUACAACCAUCACUGGUAUGUCGUCGUCGGCAUUAGCUUCAGCACCGUGGUCGCUUGUAUUCGUCUGUGUCGUCUUGUCGUCUUGGUCAUCGUCAGCAACUGCCCAUCGCCUUUCGGACAUCGGUCAAGAAGUAUUACUUCGCCUGUUGUUGUCACGCGGUGGCAUUGUCCCUCCAUCCGGCUGUCCCUCGAUCCGUUGCCUCCGUCUCCAUUUUGGUGUUCGUCAAUUUCUAACCGUUUUUCCGCUAUUUCGCAUAUGACUAAUGGUCGGUCGAGCGACGCGGCGCGACUCUUCUUCCGUGAGGCCUACUAA